GCCCAGCAAUGCCUACGGAAAAUGGAAAACGAGACACAUCAUCCCAUGAAAGAAUCACAACACUGUCAGCAAUGCCUACGGAAAAUGGAAAACAAGGCACAUCAGCUCAUGAAAAAAUCACAGCACUCCCAGCCAUGCCUACGGAAAAUGGACAAUGGAGCACAUCUUCCCAUGAAAAGAUCACAACACCCCCUACAAUGCCUACAGAACAUGGACAAUGGAACACAUCUGCCCAUGUGAAGAUCACAAGAGGCUCAGGUAAGACUACAGAAUACCCAUCAAAGACCUCAGCAGCCACAGAGACAACCACAGAAGCCUCAGGAAAGCCUAUAGUACACACAAAGAAGACCACAUCUACCAAAAAGACCACUUCAUUCCCAGCAAUGCCUAGUGAAAACCCAGAAAAGACCACAUUGACCACUGAGACCAUAAAAGCCUCAAUAAAGCCCACAGAAAACCCAGCAAGAAACACAGCAGCCACAGAGACUGUAAGAUCUCCAGUCAAAUUUACAGGAGACAAAUCUAUCACUACUUCCUCUCGUCAUCUAAAAAUAUCUGAGGGUACGCGUCCAGUACCCGCUGGUUCUUUUACAGUUCCCACAUCCAGCAUGGAGCUGAGUUCCAUCUUGUCAGAAGCCCCAGGCAACAAGAGCCAUCCACACCAGAACAAACAUGGCUCACAGGAACGUGUCAACGUUGGAGAGACGGGAGAGAGUGAUUCAUUCCCUCCGUGGGCCAUAGUUAUUGUGGUCUUGGUGGCUGUGAUUCUCCUCCUGAUGUUCCUUGGCCUGAUCCUCUUGGUCUCCUAUAUGACACGAACACGUCAUGCACUGAUCCACAACACUGAGGACAAUGACCCAGAGGAUGAUGGGGGCCCCAAUUCUUACCCAGUCUACCUGAUGGAGCAGCAGACCCUCGGUGUGGGCCAGAUCCCUUCCUCACGAUGAUCUUUCAGAAAGUGCCCACCCCCAGCUCUUCCAUGCCCUACCUCUUUCCUGGAUGAGGAAUUUGACCUACAAUUCCCAUUUCCUGGACUCCAGGAAGGGCAAAGUACUGACAGUUAACAGCAUCAGCCCUUUGUCUGCUGUGUUCUUAUUGAAACUGGUCAAGGAAUGAGGUGAUAAGAAGGAUAUGAAUUGGGGGGAUAGAAAAGAAGGAAUGCAUAACACAAGCAAGUUUUCUCUGUAGAAGAUGAUGGUCGGAGAAUGAAAAGAUGUUUGGUGGACACAGGGUGGGGACCACUACAGGACCAACUCAGUCCUGAGAGGGGCAGCACAGCUAAUGGAAGUUUGGGAGCCUUAGAAGGCAAUGCCCAGAUCUGACUUGUGAGGUGGGGUUAUGGGAAGAGGGAGACUGAGAUAGAGGCCCCGGGUUUCAGGAGCAAUCUAUAAUAUUUCCAUCUGCUGUUACUUGGAGUGCGUAUAAACAGGCUUAUCUCUGAG